AUGGCUCCUACCGCUUGGGCAGGCGAGUCAUCGUCCAGCAUCGCCUUCUCGAUGAACCCUCGCGACUCCCGCGUCGUCAGCAUCUACGACAAGUAUCUCUACGAUCCCAAAGACCUCGAGUCGUCUGACCCACGUCGUCGUGAACUUGCUCGUAAGGCUAGUCAACUCAAACUACACGGUCGACCCGCCAACGACAUGGACGCCAACGGCUUGAGAUCAGCUGGCCAACAACCCAACCCACGCCCAACACAACAACGCAAAAGCAUCACCUUUUCCCAGGCAGCCAAGCUCUCCGACGGUCGUACAGCCACUUCUGUCAAUGCUGGCCAUUCCCAUCCACGACAAAGCAACCCAGGUGCGCUCUCCAAUCAUCGCCAUCACAGCCACGACAGCCACGACCGCGACUCGGGUGCCUUUGGUCUAGGCCUUGGCAUGCUUGGCGCAAGUGAUUCCGAGUCCGACUCGGACAGCGAUGAUGACCGCACUGCACGUAACCCCUCUCGUAUUGACAAUUUGCAGCACAGCAAGGACUCGGACCGACCCGACAGCUGGACCGACCGUGCCGUCGCAGUCGGCCAUCGUCCUCCCGACAAUGCGUCUCAGAACCCUCCUUCGCUCAAACUCAUGGCGCUCAAAUCCGCCAAGCAAGGUGGUCGCCUCUCUGAAGCCUCUCAGGAUGACAGGAGCAGCAGGCUCGCCGUCAACAACAACAACAACUUUGUCGAUCGAACUUCGCGUCAUGGCAGCACCAUCGGCUUUGCUGGUCCACCUAUGGACAGUCAGCCUGCCACCGGAUCUGCCGAUUCCGCCAAUACGUCCAAAAGGCUCAGCGCAAGGACUGCUUUGACCAAACAACUCGGUCUUGCCAGUCCCAACCCAGAGCUAAGCGGCGCAGCGGCCAACCGCGGUCCUUCGUCUGAUCAGCGCGGUGGUCCGCACGACUACUUUGACAGUCGCGCCCCCGGCGUCACCCACGCUGGCCCACCACGAGGCAGUGCUGGUCCUCCGCCCAUUGACAUCGCUCGAGCCCAACAGCACGGCUUUGACAACGCCCAACAUAACGCGCAAGGUCAAUCCUCGCCCAUGAGCUCGCAACACGCCUCCGGUUCGACUCCUAAUAGCGCUACGCCUCUCCGCUCUCCAGGUUACGGCCCCUCGGGCAUGCCAUCGCCCAAUCACCCGAACGGACACGCACACGUGCCGCCCAAUGUUUUACAGCGAGGUCCGCCCUCAUCGUACGGCCAGCGUGGCCCACCAGGACCUUAUGGUGCGCCCGGCGUCCCCAACCAUCCCUCUUCACUCCAAGCAGGUCCCGGCGCGAGGACUCCUCCGAACAACCUGCAACGUGGCCCCGGACCAAACCAGGGCGCGUCGGGAGCUAGAGGCCCACAAGGACCUGGCGGAAAUUUUGGUCCUUCGUUCUCUGAUGCUCCUGGUCCUCCCAAGCGCCAGUCCAUCUUCCGCCGAUCCAUGGCCAUGCUUGGCGCUGGUGGGCCUCAAGCAGGGCCUCCCGGUCACAACCCCGGUCCCCACAACGCUGCGCGAUCCCAACCUGGCCAGAAGCGGCAAUCCUUUUUCCGAAGAAGCAUGGCCAUGCUCGCAGGACAGUCAGGGCCUCCCAACGCACCAUCACAAGGUGGCCAACAGAUGCGCAUGCCCGCUCCUGCCGUACCUCGUGCUCCUUCUGCACCACGUGUUCAAGGUCUGCAAAAUGACUUUGAGAAACCUGAUCAUCCGCGAAAGUCGCAGUUCCUUGGAGCGGGUGGAGAAGGCGCAGAGUGGGAUACCGACGGUGAAGGGGCCAAGUUCUGGCGUCGCUUUUCCAUGGCUCAGAAGAACGCCGGCUCGCACAAGCUCGAGGAUGGCAGCAGAGCUUGGAUGGCCACCAUGGCAAGCGGUAAAAGGAAGCUCAUCGUCAUGGGCGUCAUUGCGCUUGUGGCGCUCGUCGGCAUUAUCGUUGGCGUCAUCGUGUGGAGGGAGAUUGUGUCGCCGUCCGGAUCGACGUCGGACGAGCCAUCGUCGAUCUACAAGGCUAACCUCGGCGUUAAGCCUAGCCAGGACGCUUCGGCGAGCCUUGCCUCCGCCACCUCUGCCAGCAAAAAGGCGCAGGCCACACCGACGUCAUCGACCAGCUCCUGGUAUUCUCGCUCGCUGAAUGAUGACAGCGUCCAUGUGGUCGAACGUCGUGCUCGGACGCACGAGCUGGGCGCACUCAGGUUGAGGAAGCGCCACUUUCGUCGUACUCUUCCUGCGUCCGUUCCGCAGCAAGCGUCGCUUGCAGAGCUCGACUAG